GCAGUGACGCCGCGACGCCGCCCUGGCGGCUCAUCUGGUGCCACGAGCGCUGCCACAAGAGUGACCAGGAGCCCUGGAGGAGGGCGCUCAGCCAGGCGGCCGGCCAGCACGGGGCGGUGCUCCACUGCCUGAAGAAGGGCAGCAAGUUCGCGGCCUGGCUCGCCCACGCGAGGGCCCGCUUCGGGCCCUUCGUCCUCGUGACGGACUGGCGGGAGGCCAAGCCCUGCAUGCAGGCGCUGAAGGACUUGAACCGCCAGGCGGCCGUCACCAUGCUGAUGUGCCACCAGCCCGGCGCCGGCGAGCGCGCCUCCGCGUGGGCGCGCGGCAUGCGGGAGAGAAACGAGCGCGUGUUCGCCGAGCAGAUCCCGGCCUCGCAUGGCGAAGGUGGCCGCCAGCGCGGCCCCCGCAGGGGCACCGGGCGGCGCCGAGGACGCCAAGGCCGCACAGAGGAGCAGGCGGGUGCGGGACGUGGUGAUCUUGGCGUGCGCCGUGGACGCGGCGGACAAGGCGCUGCUCCCCGCCACCUUCAAGGCGCUCUCGGAGAUGAUGGACGCGGGGCCCGCGCGGUUGAGCGUCCUCGCCUUCGCUCAGAGCGUGUCCUUCUCCCUACGCUCCCCGUCUGGGGCUCCCUCAUGCAGUUCUACAGCCCCCGGGAGCUGAUGACGUUCGGCUGCGUGCUGUGGGGCCUGGCCACGCUGCUGCUGGCUGCGGCCUCGAGCUACGAGGUGCACCUCGCCUUGCGUCUGGUGGCUGGGGCAGCCUUGGCGAGCGUUGCACCCGUCGGACGACAGGCUCUCAUCUGCGACGUCGUCCCCGAGGAGGGGCGCGGCUGGGCGUUUGGGCUCCUGCAGUCCGUGUCCAGCGCGCUGACCAUGGUGGUGUCCUUCUGGACGACGUCGAUCGCGACCUCCACCGUCCUCGGGCUGCAGGGCUGGAGGGUCCCGCACCUGCUGGUUGCUGUCCUGUCGUUCCUGACCGGGGCCGCCGUCUGGCAGGUGGUGCCUCAGGUCGCCCCGGUCAAGGCGCAGCGUUCGUGGCUCGCCGAGCAGCGGAGGGUCGUGUCCGCCGUGGUGCGGAAGCCGUCCUUCGUGAUCAUGGUGUCGCAGGGCGUCACGGGAAGCAUACCGUGGAACGCCUUCGCCUUCCUCACCUUCUUUUGGCAGGUGAGCGGUUACAGCGACAUGGAGGCUGGGGAGAUCAGCCUGAUGAUGGGCCUCGGGGGAGUGGUGGGGGGCAUGCUGGGCGGUUGGCUCGGAGACUCCUGCGCCCGCAUCUCUCCCUACUCUGGGAGGUGCGCGGUGGCACAGGCCUCCGUUCUCCUGGGCACCAUCAGUUUCCUGGGCCUCGUGCACGUUCCGCAAGGCCGCUACAGCUUCUCCCUCGUCUCGGCGCUCAGCUUCACCUUCGGGGCCGUGGCCAGCUGGACCCCGGCGGCCGCGCUGCGGCCGAUCUCCGGAGCGCUCUUCGAGGACAGCCAGGACAGGGCUCAGGUGCUUGCCCUGUGGAUCGCCGUGGAGGGCGUCGUCGCGUCCAUCUGCGGCGCGCCCCUGGUGGGGCUGCUCUCCGAGGCAUUCGGCUUCAAGCUCUCGCACGGGCACGGUGCGAGCGCACAGCUUCCAGAGGACAGGGCCGGGAGCCUGCGGGCCCUGCGGGCGGCACUGGUGGGCACCAGCGUGGUGCCCUGGACCCUGUGCUUCCUGGCCUGGGUGCCCAUGUACUGGACCCCGGACCUACCCGAGGGACCACCAGCGGAACCCGGCCGCGCAGCAGCGGCGGCGAGCACGAGCGGAUGGGGGGCGGAGGGGGCGGCCUUCUUCUCUCGGCACCGGUCGGGCGUCGGCCCCGCCAUGCAACAGGGCGCGGAAGCUCUCCCGACUGUGCACCACCUGUCCGUUGCUCAUCGCCUGCCCCUGCCCCACCUGUCCGGCCCCCAAAGAUCUCCGGGGGCCCCCCCUCCUCGUCGUCCUCCUCCUCCUCC